GUAUAAGUACCUUAAGCAUCUCCUGUCAAACUCAUUCUCAUUUGGCUCUGAAGGACAGGUGUAAGCAGGACCAUCAAAAAGUGGGCCACAACUUACACCCAGACCACAGAGAGUCUGGAAUGAUGAAGACGAGGGACGCUGUGCCUAUCUUAUUUGCCUUAACAGGGUUACUGCUUUCGUAUCAAUAUGUGGGGGCCCAGCAGAUGACAUUUAGUUUUGAAAGUAGUCAAACAACGCAGGUCCAAUCAACAAUCUUUGACAAUGUUUUUCAAACGUCGGCGGAAUUAUUGGUGUCGAGCAACCAAGAGCCAUGCGUCUCCUAUGCCGUCAGUCCUGACCAGUACUGCUCAGGAGUAGCUGGAAUCCAAGACUUGAACCUCCUCUUGGAAAGUGGUUUGACCAAUGAAACUGCCUGUGAAAAUACCCUGAGACAAUAUGCGUGUGCGUCGGUGGACAAGGCUUCCAACAGUACCGUUUUCUCCAUAAUGAAAUGUUACAUCACUGACUCUUCAAGCUCAACAGCCUUUGUCAGCCAACAAUCCUUCUCCCUCUUCAUCUCCAAACUGAGCCUGGAUACACUCACAGAUCUCUUGUAUCAAAUCGAUGCUCAGAUCCCCACCUCAUCAAUUUCCCCAACUGUCAAGCUGUACUUGCUGAACGCCGUAUGGGACAGAAUCAGACAAGAUCCUGAUUGUGCUUGCUCAGUAUUCCCUGGCUCUUGGUUCCAAAGGCUGUCUUCAUUCCUCUCUGUUAUUCACCCUGACAUUCUGAACUGCAUGAUAAACAUCCCUCUGACAUGUGAUGGCUUCCAGACAGUUGUUGAUGCUUUAGAACUGGCAUACCCCACCCUUAGCAACAGUACGAGAGAAAUGGUGGGACACUGGAUUUCACAGUUCCUGAGGAGAUACACGUGCCCAAAACCAUCGGUCGCUGACUGGAUUAACUCCAACUACCGGAGCUUUAAGAACAACGUUAACUAUGCUGAUUAUGUCAUUGCCUGGCCAACCAUUGAUGUGAGUUCGGCACUAGGUGUGCUGACUGAUUUCCAAGUAGCCCAGUACUGCCUUCAAACCAACCUGUUCAGCAGCCCCGAUAAAUCUGCCGCAGUGUUGGACUUUCUGCAAAACAAGGACAUUUUUUAUCUUGUCACCUUCCUGGAUACCAUUUCACAGCUUUCUGCCUCAGCGCCCUUAGACAAUGACUUACUCUUCUCUCUUCUGAGGAUUACCUUGAUCACGUUAGAAUCUCCCGAAUCACAGCUAUGCAAACCCAGCUUUAAGGAGAUCUUCCAAGUCAAAAUUAAAUUCCUGCUGGCGGCUGUCAAUGCAACUGUCUUAGAUCUCUUCCCUACCAACACUGACUGUUCUGAUUACCAAGACAUGUCACAAGCAUUAGACAGUUCCUACAGUAACUACACAGAUGCCGUGAAAUAUGAUGUGUUCCAAUACAAGCUCAACUACAUUACUAAAGAAACCCAUACAGCAGGAUCUGGAUGCACAUAUGGACUUACCAGCGCUACGUGGCUGACCUAUAAUUUUGGAAUUUAUAGCCGUUAUCUCACCUUCGCAGAUAUGAUCAAGCUGGACCCUACUUUCAAUGGAUUUGACGCUAUUGAUCUUCUGACCGUUAAUCAGACAAUCGAUCUGAUCAUAUACUCCAACUUACUAACACUGGAAGCUCCUGACAAAUAUGCAUUCGACAUUACAGCUCUAGUAACUACAUGGAGAACUAAAGGCUAUGACUACAUUCUACAAUUCCUCACUGAAUUUAGUACAACUCUACAGCAGCACAACAUACUUGUUAUAAGGAACGCCGAUGUACGUUGUUUACUUCUGGACGGUAUCUGGCCAAUACUGAGUGCCAGCUUCCCUCAAUUCACCUUCAGUGACUGGGAAACCUGGUUCAAUAUUAAUCUGCCCAUCUUUCUGCCAUGCAUCAAGCCAUCUCAACUCUCACUGCUGACUAUUGGUCUGAUAAAGGACUGCUCAAGCUUCCAAACCAUCAUUGCAGGACUUAAUAAAGCAUAUACUUAUAUGAGCUCUGACACCCAACAGCAAGUUGCAGACUGGAUUGGCACAUUCUUGAGCACCACAAAAUGUGACAGCCAGGACUGGUUAGUUGUCAACUGGCAACAGUUUAGGGCAGAGACCAACCUGUCCGUCAUUUUACAGCUCAAUCCAGACUUUAAACCACUUGAUGUCCUAACUAAGCUCACAGCAAAUCAAAUUGGCGAGGUGGUCAUAUAUGAGGAUUCGGCUCGCACUAAUGUAGAUGUUAUAGAAAGUGUCUUUAAUGUGCUCGUGGAUGUUCCGGCCCAAAAAGUAGUGAAGAACCUUGGCUCUUUCUGGGAUACCUUCAAUAUCGUCUCAGAAAAGAGCCCUACAUUUACUGUGACAGAAGAAGUAGAAUACACCAUGCUGAACCUUACCACCACGCAGCUGGUAAACUAUUACCCCACCUUCACAGCGGAAGACUUUAAUGUCUGGUUUGUGAAGAGACUGGGCUAUGUGCUGCCCACUGUUAAUACACACAUCCUUGAUGAGAUUCCUCUUACCAUCAACUGUGCAUCUUAUGAAACUUUAGUCAAUGCUUUCAACUUGAACUUCGCCAAGACUGCAACUAAUAACAGGAGGGACAUCUUCAACUUUUUUGCAAACUACAAUGUAAAAGGUAGCGGUUGUGGCACCACAUUGACCUCCUUCGAGUGGGUUCAAAAGACCUUAGCGAGUUUUUCCACCUUGGCAACCUAUGAACAGAUUAUAUCGUACAGAUCUGAUUUCAACCCUUACGAACCUGGGGUGAUCAAAAUUUUGACAAUGGACCAAAUCGGAGACAUGAUUGUAAAUUCCAACACGCUGCAAAGCCCGGACGACAGUGUUUUACUAUUUAAUUACCUAAAAACACAGACAGUCACCGAGGUCGACAUCGUUAUGACGAGGUUUACAGCGACAGCGACACAGAAAAAGAUUAACAUUGAAAAUGUGGAGGUGGGAAGUUACAUCCUUCUGAAUUAUUUGCAAAUUGAGGCUCCGCAGAUGCAAAGCUUCACCACUGUGCAACUUGUGGAGAUGUUUGAGCAACGGAUCUACUUCUUUAUCCAGUUCUUCACCCCCCAAACCCUUAAUCUCAUCCCUGUCCAAGACUGUAACACUCUCACUUCCAUUGUGGCCAUUUUUAACCAAGCAUAUGGCAUCAUGUCAUCGGAUACCAGGACGUACAUUGUAAACUGGAUUGUCAGUAGUCUGAAGAGCACAGAAUUGCAAGGCUGUUAUAGUCCCGACCAGCCCCAGUUAGAGUGGAUAGACAUCACAUGGAAAAGUUUCUUCUCAAAUGUUCUCCUGGUAGAUGUGCUUCAAGUGAACCCAAGCUUUAAUAUAAUUGCAUCCAUCCAGAAUACCACCAUUGAACAGAAAGUUGAAGCCAUCAUGAUCUCCGAUGCUUUGGUUAAUGUAACUACAAUGGAAAUUGUGCUGCAAAGUCUAAAGGGGAGCUGCGUCCCUCUGAAUUCCAUCUUUGAAUUUUUGCGUUAUUUCAACAUUGCAUUCCAAAAGCUUACAGUUCAGACCAUGUCAGCAGAUGUACGGCAACUGGUCAUGGUCUUCCUCUUCGACAAUAUGGCAGUAAAUUUCAAAUUCAUCACAGCGGAACAGAUGGCAACUAUUUCCGUUAGCUUCCAAUACUUCCUCCCUGGCAUUACCGCAGAGGUGCUGAAUCUGAUCCCACUGGAUAUCAGCUGCAGUUAUUUUUCUGAUUUAUUCUCUGCUUUCAGUGGAGUUUUUAGCCUCCUGAGCGAUGACCUCAGGAAUCAGGUAUUCAACAGAAUUAUCAGUUACUUGAACUACAAUUCUGCCCUCGCCAGCACCACAGGCACAGUCUGCAGUAGCUUAUACACAAACAGUGAAACUUACAUGAACAACAUUUUCUUCAACUUUUCCUAUUACGCCACGAUUUAUCAACUGGACUUGUACUACGUUAAUUUCAAUGCGUAUGACGUUCUGGAGGUGCUUUCUGCCACCCAACUGGCCAACCUGCUAAUGAACACCACAGCCAUUAGGAAUCAGAUGCAGGCUGUACCCAUUCUGGUCGAGCUAUCGAAACGCAACAGCUACAAAGACGUUUCUGCUUUCAUGGUGGAGUGUAACAGAGUGGCACAAGAGAGGAACAUUGUGGUGCUUCCAGACGCUAACGUUCAGUAUCUGAUAUACCAAACAGUCUGGAGUGUCGUCUCUCUGAAUCUGCAAACACCCGCGGAUUAUACCGCUUGGUUUGGCAAGAAGUUGGACCUUUUGCUGCCCAGUAUGGCUGUACAGGAAAUCAACCUCCUUCCUUUGAACGUCGACUGCACCGCCCAGUCCGCCAUGGUAGAAGGCUUCAGUAGUGCAUUCAGUAGACUCUCCGUGGAUCAACGUAUGGCUUUUCAUACAAGAAUCAAGACUUAUCUCAGUGAUAUCAAGGCCUCUUCAGGCUCUACUUGUAACUCAGGGAAAAGCAGCAGUACGUGGAUUGAAAGCAACUACGGGCAGUUUAGCAGCUACGCCUCCCUGCAGGAGUUCCAAAGCUUAGAUGUAAACUUCAACACGGAGGAGGCGCUGUCGGUAUGCACAGGCACUCAGAUUGCUGACUUCGUUACCACUUCAGGAGGUUUGAGGGAUGAAAAGACCGUCACAACUGUCCUGGAAUAUCUGGAUACCACCCAGGAGUUCCUUACUUUCUACACACAGAUAAACACUGUUGCUCCGAAUGACCUGAGGAACAGCCCAGCGAUAGACUUGAUUGUGCAGGACACCUUUCAGACCAUCUCAGUCGAUUUUAAUAAAUUCACCAUGGACCAGUGGACACAAUGGUUCCAAGUGACCCUUGUAAAUGUCCUGUUUGCUGUCAACGUCACAGAAGUAUCAUUGAUCCCAUACCCCCUGCCUUGUGAUUCCUUCCAGAAAAUAAUUCAGGGUUUCAGCAAUGCCGCACAGUAUAUGACAGAGGAAACCAAACAGAUGAUAUAUAACAUAUUAAUCAAAAGACAAUUUGACGCCACCCUUGCAGUCUCAGGUGUUAUCUGCGGUGACAACAUCAAGAGAUCACAGGAAUGGCUGGACAUAAACUUUGGGGUUUUUGCUGCCUAUGCUGACUAUACAGAUAUCAUGAAAUGGGACACAAACUUUGCUGUUACGGAAGUCAUCACGACGCUGAGUGUCCCUCAACUAGCAGAAGUUGCUCUCCAGAAUGGGAACAUCAACAAUGAGGAAUUCGCCUGUCAGAUUGUGGGAAGGCUCGAGGGGGUUCAGAUUAGUGAUGUAUAUUCGUUCUUGGACCAGUUCAACACAUUGUUCCAACAGAUGAACAUUGGUCAAAUAACAAAAGCUGACGUCCAACUGAAAUACCUCUCUGGCAGCAUAGACAUACUCAAGAGUCAGCUGGCCGCCUAUUCUACCAGCCAAUGGGAUUUGCUGUUUUCAUCCAGGCUAAAACCUUUCCUCCCCUCCAUAAAUGCUGACCUAUUAGGCACCCUACUUAACUCAGCCAACUGUAACAGCUACCCAAUCAUUGUGAAAUAUUUGAAUGGCGUAUAUGAUGUCCUAUCACCUGACACCCGCAGAAGCCUUUAUAACACCCUAUACGCAUUCCUAAAUGCCAAAGUCACUUCUACAGGAAAUGCUUGUGUGGCAACUGGUGAGACUAAUGAGAACUGGCUCAUACAAUCCUUCGGCAAAUUUAGUGUGUAUGCCUCAUAUAAUGCCCUUGUUACCAUCCAAUCCAACUUUAAUGGGAUGGAUCUGCUCAGUAACCUGUCUCCCGACCAACUUGCUGGUCUACUGCUCAGUGGAAGUGUCAUGUCCAAUGAGAGUAACAUCAACAGUAUUGCUCUGGUUCUGCAAGGGAUGAGCUUCAGUCAGCUGGACUCCUUCCUAAGUAGCCUCCAGUCCUUUGCAGCUACGAACAAUAUCGUGUCCAUUGCUAAUGGCCAGAGUGUUUUACUGGAUGCAGUCUUUGGCACCAUUGCAAACCAAUUUGCCGUCUUCACCAAUGAACAGUACACAGACUAUUUUGGAUCCAAGCUCAGCCUGUUACUUGGUGGCCUCACCGAAAGUGACAUUAAUCUCAUUCCUAACACCAUCAGCUGCCAGAAUUUACAAACCAUAGUCAAUAAUCUGAACAACCACCGCAAUGAAUAUCUAUCCAGCAUCCAACAAGAAAUCUACCUGAAAAUAAAGAAUAUACUCUUGAUUCAGCAGAGAAGCAGUGGCUCAGCCUGCAGUGUUGGUGCAGCUGGGAGUGCCGGGUGGCUCCAGAACAACUUCGCUUCCUUUAGUGCCUUUGCCUCAUAUAAUGACAUUGUCACGCUUAAUCCAAACUUCAUCUUUACGGAUGCCAUAACUUCUCUCACAGCCGACCAGCUUGGAUGGUACGCUAUAAUGGGAGAUGCCAUCAGAGACAGGGAUAAGAUUGCAAAGGUCAUGACUGGAAUUAAUGCGCAGAGUCUUGGUGCAUUCUUGGAUGCAUUUAAUACGGCAGCAAAACAGAACAAUAUUGCUCAGCUGCCAAAUGCAGAGGUCCGAAAGUUCCUCGCUGGUGAGAUCUUCUGCCUCCUUGGGCCUGUUUUCUCCAAGUUCACUCUGAACGACUACAGCAUCUGGUUCACAGACCGACUGGCAUUUUUCAUUAGCAGCCUGGAUGCAAAGUCCCUUGGCUCUAUCCCUACGGACAUUUCCUGUGAUACACUCGCCCUCCUGGUGGAAGUCUUUACUAACACCUCGUACAUACAGAAUUAUGGAGCCAUAUAUGAUUUCCAGCUUUCAGUUCUUCAACAACAGAAACAAAUGUCUGGAUUUGCUUGUACCAGCCCUGAUCUGUCCAGUAGAGACUGGCUUCUUAAAUACUUUGGAAAAUUCACUAAAGAAGUACAAUGGGAUCCACUGGUGGCUUUAUACCCAACAUUUGAUAUUGCCAGUGGUUUGACGCUCCUCAGUGGAAACGAGGCUGGCACGGCCAUUGCAUCCACCUCCAUCAUUAACAGUGUUUUAGGCAUCAACACCGUCUACAACAAUGUUGGGUCCGAUAUUGCCUUCCUGGAUAACAUGACUGAAUCCAUAGCAUGCUUUCUAAUGAAGCAAGGAGCAUCACUGUCAAACAAUGUGAGAGAUGCCAUAUUGAUGAGAACGUUUGAAGCUCUCUUUAGUAAUCCAGACACCCUCUCCGUAAGCGGCGCUCAGAGGUGGAUGAAUCAGAUUGCCUUCUUGCUUCCCGGAAUUAAUGGGACCAUGCUGGAAACUAUUUCCAUGGACAUUAGCUGUCAAGUCUACGAAGUUAUUAUUGCCUCGCUGGACAACAUAUACACUGUUCUGUCACCACAAAGAAGAAUAGACGUGUAUAAUUUCGAGAAGAGUUUCCUGACAAAUAAAUUCACAGGAAGUGAUAUUCCAUGCUCCUCCGGUUCACCAGACCAGUACAAAUGGCUGCUUUCAAAUAUGGGCCGAUUCUGCGAACAAUCAACCUAUAAUGACACUCUAUUAUAUUAUCCAAAUCUCGAUGAAGUAAGUUACAACAGAUAUUGCGUCCUGUCCUAGGACCUGACCUGAUUGUGGAUUGAAAGGUCCUAAUGGAAGACAUUUACUUUCUUUUGUUCAUUUGUUUUCUCAUUUCUCUUUUUUCCUGAUAAUAAUGUAUGGGGGUCUAAAUGUGAUGAACUCACCCACCUUACUUGUCUCUGGGUAUGAUAUAGUAGGAAUGGCUCAGUGGAUCUGAUAUGAGAGUUGCAUCUAGACCCUGAAAACCUUGCACCAUUUGUAACUAUAUUCACCCCAUAUUCACCCCAUUUCCCCCCCAGUCUUGGUCCCGCUGGUCCCUUUGGCAUCUCUUUGUUUGCAUGAUGGAAUGUUCUUUAUGCUGAUAGAAGUAUUCCUUACCUUCUCCUAUGUAACUCAUCAAGCUCAGCUAAUACUAUAUAAUAUUGUACAGGUAUAGGACCCCUUAUCCAGAAUGCUCGGGACCAAGGGUAUUCCGGAUAAGAGGUCUUUCCGUA